AUGAGUAUCAAUGAUAUGUCUAGUGUAGCUCCAGUGACGGCUUCUUAUUGCAAAAUAUGUGGAAUUCAAGGUCACUUUGUUCACGAGUGCUCUUAUAGCUCGCAGGAUACCACACAAAUGGAGCAAAGGCAACCGGGUACACUUCCUGGGCAACCUACUCCGCCCCAAGGUCAGAAUAGAGAAAGUGCCAAUGCUAUCACUCUUAAAAGUGGCACUAAAUAUGAUAGACCCACGUUGCCUACUGAUGAUGCAACUCUUGCUAAGGAGAACACAGAUGGACCAAAGAAAACAAUUGGUGCAGAGCCUCAAAUCCCGGUAGUUGAUAAUGCUAAUGAUGUUGGCGCAAAUAAGAGGAAGGAGAAGAUUUCUGAUUCUCUCCCUAUUGUGCCUAAGUUGCCAUUCCCUCACCUGGUGCAGAAAACUAAGGUCGAUCAACAACUUGGUAAGUUCUUGGAAAUGGUCAAGAAUCUUGAGGUAACGGUCCCUUUUACUGAUUUGAUAUCUCAAGUUCCUGUUUAUGCAAAUUUUUUGAAAGAAAUGAUCACUAAGAAAAUGGAUUAUGGUGGUGUAGAGAGAAUCUCUCUAACUGAAGAGUGUAGUCCCAUAUUGAAAAAUAUGUCUCCACCCAAACUUAAGGACCCGGGUAGUUUUUCCAUCCCCUGUCAUGUAGGUGCAUUGUUCAUUGAUAAAGCAUUAUGUGAUUUAGGUGUAAGUGUGUCUGCCAUGCCCCUUUCUGAUGUUCAUGUCCUGGUGGGGAAAUUCUACAUUCCUGUUGAUUUUGUGGUUCUAGAUAUGGAGGAGGAUAGUCAAAUCCCCAUAAUUUUGGGUAGGCCAUUUUUUUAUAUUGCAAGUGCUGUCAUUGAUGUCAAGUCUGGAUCUCUUACUUUGAGUGUUGGUGAUGAUACUGUUACUUUUAAUCUAACCAAUGUUGUGAAGUCUCCUAUGCUUGAGAAUACUUGUCGCAGGAUUGAUGUUGUAAAAGAGAUUUCUCUAGACAACAUCCCUAGAAUGUUGUAUGAUGAUCCAUUGUUGGCGGUUCUUACUUUGGAAGCCCCAAAAGGAGAAGGAGACACUACUAGAAAUGAUAGCUUUAACGACAAAUCAAUACCGAUGUAA